AAAAAAAAAUCGCCAUGUUCUCUUGCGCCAAUUAUCCUCGCGGUUGCCGCGGUCGCGUCAACAUCCAGGGAGGCAAAUGCUCUGACUGUGUGGUAAGUCGUCAGCCCUAAACCGGACCUCCGCAUUUCACUCGCAUUCUACGAGACACCCAACACUAACAUGGAGAACCACAGCAAUUGAAGCUGCGUCGGCCUCUUUCAUCAUCUCCCUUUGCCCAGCCCCGAGACUACCGGAGAGCCCUUCCAUCGGAGAUCCUCAACGAUUCACCAUUCAAGGAGAUCGAGCGCUCCCUAUGACGACACGGCUACGAUCCCAUGGCGCUUUAAAAUAGGACGGGUGCAGAGAUCCCAAAAGAUCACUGCAGAUUUCCAGGGGUCCUGCCGGCUGGGACCGAACCCAGGGAAUUUUUGAGCCUAUCUCGCCUCCUCUUCGCUUCGCUUCUCGCUUACCAUAUGCGGCUUGAUGCUCUGACUUGAUGCAUUGCUGGGAGUUUAAUCGAUCAUCUAUUAUACCAUGGAAGGGCGGCUUUAUCGAUUUUAUUUAUCCUGGCGGUCUGGCACUGUUCCACUCUCGCCCUCCAUUCUUCCCCGUCUUUUUUUUCGCCAGGCAACUGCAUAGCGCGGGAAGGGUGGGGGCGCGGUCGAGUAGGCUGGUGUACAUGUGGGUUUGCUUUUUAUUUAAUCACAGGAACGGCAUUUGGUUAUCUAUAUUUUAUUAAUGGGCUACUGGGUGGAUUGCCCGGAAGGGACCGUUGGUGAGAGAAGAGAGAGGAAGAGAGAGACAGCGAGCUGCCUUGACUUGACAGUCCAGAAUCGCCGACAGCAGGAACGCGCACACACCGCUGGGAAUCAUUCAACAGUGGACGCAGGGGGUGCAGGCUGGAUCUCUUUCUCUUUCUCUCGCCCGGUCAUUCUUCUAUUCUUCUUUUCCCUCUUCCUUUCUCCUCCUUCCUCGCUUUCGAUACCGUCUUUGUCUGGUUCCCACACCUCCGUGUACCAUUUUCUUUGUCAUGUCAUGUGUGCUCUGUAAUAUCGUUGGUCGAUUUCCAUACCCAUUCGGCUAAUUGUACGAUUUAUUAUCCUCAUUCAAAACAAAAAAUCGAAUAAUGCAUUUGCCCUAGGUAUUCAAGUUUCUUUCUUAUUUCAUUCAAUUUUGGUCUUCUUUGGUUACCGCGAAGGAAGAAGGGAAAAAGCAACAGGCGAUGAAAGAACUUCUAAGUAAAAUAGGAUGAUCGGCUGACACUAGUGAACCGUUCACUUUACUCCUCCUUCACAACUCCGGACUCCGGGCAUGUAGUAAGUAAUGCCUGCAGACCGUUGUCGAUCCUUGGUUCUUGCUUUUUUUUUGUUGCCUUUCCCCUCUUCUUCGAUGUGACAUCUGGAGAGGAAGGAGAAGGAGGGCUUGAGGGCUUUGGGGGCCAGACCCCUGCAGAGCGCGGAUCCCGGAUGUCAUCGCUUCCCGGCUUACAUGUGCCGGGCUGUCAUACUUUCCAUUCUUCUACUAAUCACUAAGUUCGAAGUAAUUAGCUACUUAGUUAUCUGCUUAGUUCCCUACCAUCAUGUGUCGCUCAUUACACACCUGUCGGUGGAUGUGUGCACGGUGACUCGAACAGACUGUGAUUGACUGACUGACGUAUGCCGGCCCCAGCCUUCCCGAAAUGAAGAAUAACGCGUCCCUUGCCUACUGGAUUUAAUCUGGAUGGGUGGGUUGGAUAAGGGUGUGGCGUCGUCAUCGUCAUCAUCAUCAUCAUAGCGCGGGAAGAUUAGCGGC